AUGUUCCGGCCCAACUCAGACUUCCAGCCCAAGAUAUUGUCCACCACCAAACGAGUGCGCGGCGUCCUGAACGGCAAAUACAUCUUCGACACCACCGCGGCCAAACUCGUCUGGGAGCACAAAUUCUUCCCACAAUACUGGAUCCCCAAAUCCGAUUUCCUACAGACUGCCACUUUUACAGACCACCUCCCCACUUCCGGCAGCGGCACGCAAUGGUCGACAUCGACACUCAGCGUUGUCGGCAAUUCCAAAUCCGUACAGACUCUAAUCGUUCCGGACUCAUUCAACUCCGAACUCGCAGGCCUGGUCAAGAUCGAGUUCAAAGCCCUCGACGCAUGGUACGAAGAGCAAGCCCCAGUCCUGUACCAUCCCAAGGACCCCUUCCACCGCGUCGACAUUCUCCCGUCGGGCCGACAUUUGCGGGUGGAACUCGACGGCGUCGUGCUCGCCGACACGGGCUCCGAGGGCGGCGUCAUGUCACUCUGGGAAACGAAUUUUCCCGGGCGUUGGUACCUUCCGCCCACGGCGGUCAACUGGGAGUAUUUGGUCCCCAGUGACACGCACACAGGGUGUCCGUAUAAGGGCGAGGCGAGCUAUUAUCAUGCUGUGGUGAAGGGGAAGGAAGUCAAGGAUGUGGUGUGGUGGUACAAGAAUCCUACUUUGGAGAGUGGGCUGAUUGCUGGCAUGUUGUGCUUUUAUCCGGAUAAAGUGGAUACAUGGGUCGAUGGGACGGCGAUUGAGAAGGUUGGCAUGCCGAAUAUGAAGAAGCCCACUCCUGAUGAGGAGGAUAAGUCGAAGCAGGAGAAGUGA